UUAUUUUGUCUUUGUUCGUCGGCUGGUGAUAAUAUUGUCUGCAUUUACUGUUUGGUUCGAGAGAUUCUGCUUUUCCCUUUUGUCAGAUGAUAGGAACACGUCGACUGAGGCACGAUCGAAGAUUUCAAUUCCUUUGUCGCCGGAUAUUCAAAUCAGAGGAACGAUUCCUUCAUCGAUCCGCAGGUUCCCAAAGUUGUCUCUUUUAUCUCUCCAGCUCGUCGUCGUCGUCUAGGUUUUCCUGACUCAUCUGGGUUUGCUGUUCUGGGAAAGAAAAUAGAAGGGCGAGGUGUUUGGAUUCUUAAGUUUCGUUCGUAGAAUGCAUGAGUUCUCUACUGCUGAUGGUUUUCUGGAGAUAAAUGAGAGCUUGGACGAAAUGAUAAAGUACAUAGCAAAUGAACCCUCAGUUGGGCUUUACUUCAUCCAGCAGCAUGUCCGAAAUGCAGUACCCAAUGUCAUUAAUCUCCAGAAUGAUGUGCUGGAGAAGUCCCGUGGAACGGUUUUGCAUACUGAAGACUUGGAAGACUCCAUAACGAUGGUGAAAUCCAUGAAAGAAUGCGGUUCCCCUAUUGCUGAUGAGAUGAUAAGAGACAUCAAGAACUCCUUGGCUAUAAUGUCGACGAAACAACCGAGGAGAGGGCUGAUACUGAACACGAGCCCUUGGAGUAGAUCCAGCAGUUCACUUCUCAGUUCUGACGUCGCCCGUGAAAGUGAAAGUAGCGGUUAUCUCUCAUCUGUCUUCAAAUCGGCCAAGCAGAGGGCUAGCAAUAUCAAAUGGCCGCAGCUCGAUUUCAAAGAACAAGAAUUGAAGUCAGAUAAGGAGGAUCAAACACGCCAACGUGCUGUUGCUUUGCAUGUUGCAUCAGCAAGAGCAAACUCAUCAGGCCAUCCUGAUGUGGCAGGCCAUCAUGAGCUACAUGACACUGGAGAUGAAGUCUCUUUAAACGUCGUCAAGACUGUAAAGGAUGAACAUGUCACGGAGACAGCCCAGUAUGAUGAGUUCAAAGCCGGGAAAGAAGCCAAUCUCAAGGCGUGGCUUGGGGACAUGGAUGGGAAGGUAGAUGCCGGUGGAAAUGCUGCUGAGAGGAUAUAGGUUAGUUGUAAGAAACAGGUCACAACCUUUCCCACUGUUGUGUCUCUCUGUGUGUGUGUAAUUUAUACUAAAUAUUAAAAAAAAAAAAAAGAUCAGGACUUGAACAGAAGUUUCCUUCUCUGAAAAAAGACAUGGCUAUGAUCUUGGAGCUUCCAUUGAUUCAAGACAUGGUCGGAAACUGACAAAAACACUAAGACAGACUGAAGUGAACUGUCUUCUCUAUAGGUUCUCAACCACACAACAGAAAAUGGAGUAUUUUUUUUUUGGGUA